ACCCCAUUAAUAACAAAUACACUGGGAAUCAAGAUAAAUAAAGCAUAAGAAAUACCCAAACCUUGCAUUAAAAUUAGUGUAUGUGAGUUUUGUAAUGGCUUCCAAUAUGGCUCCCAAGCAAGAACAAACAUUCACCUUGAGGCUUUUGGUGGACAGAGAGAAAAAUCGUGUAGUUGUGGCUGAAGCAAGUGGAGACUUCAUAGACACUCUCUUUAGCUUCCUCACUCUUCCGUUGGGAACUAUCAUCCGGUUACUGUUGAAUAACCAACAGCAUGAUCACCCGGCCGAGCUUGGCUGCAUUAGCAAUCUGUACCAAAGUGUGGAGAAUUCAAGCAUUGAGGUUUUUUGGAACCAUAUAUGCAAGGAAAUGCUGCUUCGUCCGCAGAACAAUUGCGAAUCCCUUUGCCGAAAACUGAAGUUGAAUGUGGAUGACACAGAGUCCUUAAGGUACUUCAUGUGUAGCAAUUGUAAGAGGGGGAGUAAUUGGUUGUUGAGUACGUUUACUGGUGCUAGUUGUUGCUCUUGUGGGAAAUCGAUGGACAAAGAAAUGAAACUCUUCGGAGAUUCCGAGGAUGAGAUGCAUACCGAUGGUGUCUUUGUUAAAGGGGAAGCCAUGUAUUUCAUCUUUGAUGAUCUGAGAGUUCUUCAAAGCUCUCCUAACAACUUUGUUAAGGAACUUACCCAACUUGGCUACAGGAACUUCCAUAAGCUUAUAGACAUAUCCCCAUGUGUUGGACUGAAGGAGAUUCUGGACUUACUAAAGCAGGCAUUGACCUCCAAGUCUGCUCUCAGUGAUGUAUUCUUUGCAUAUGGAGAUUCUUUGGGGAUGUGCACUUUCUCACCAAAAAUUGGGCCAAAACAUGAAGAACCUGGUUUUGAUUUUGGUGUUUCUAUAAACCUUAAGGUAAUAUUGAGAAAAUCAAAGAAGAAGAUAGUGUAUGCUGAAGCAGAGGGUGAUUUUGUUGAUUUUCUAUUCAGUUUCCUCACAGCACCCCUUGGAUCCAUUCUAAAUAUUUUGGAUGGAUAUUCUUCUCUUGGAUGCAUUGACAACUUGUACAAAAGUGUGAAAGAACUCAAUUCGUCACGGCUCACAAUCACAAGGCCUUCUGGAACUCCAUUGCUCGAUCCGCGAGUCGCGCCACAAUUCGGUUACAGGAGGCAGCCAUUGAAACUUCCUGAAGAAGAUACUCCAAGUUAUUGGUAUGGCAGAGGUUUAAUAAAGAAUAGCAUAUGCUAUGUUAAUCCAAAUGGUGUGGUUUCUAAGAAGAGGAGUUUGGUGGAGAAUCCUGAUGCAAUGAAACUUUUUGAUCCAAGAUCACCUGAUGGAACAAGAGAACUUGCUGUGGGAUUUGUGAAGAGGCCAUCACUGUUUGUUGUAUGGGAUGAUUUGAAAGUGAUGCCACUGGCAAAUGCUUCUAGCAUUUGUUUUAUACAAAAGAUGAAUCUGCCAUUGGAUGAUUUGGAGGAGCAUGUCUUGUGCAUUAGGGAGGUAGAGGCACUAAACUUGUUGAGGGCUUCUUUGACAUCCAAAGCUGCAUUGACAGAAGGUCUAUCCUACCUCUUGGAAAAUCCAAACCAAGAUGCUAAAGCUUGAUCUUUUUCUAGUUGGUGACAAGAUGCUGAAUAAUAGAAUAACCCCAAUAAUUUGUUUUGUAUAUUAGAACUAGCUAUCAUAUAUGUUACCAUUGAGUGAGAUUCUUCUGGCA